GAUUCGCACCUGGGGAGAGAGGGGAAAGGAACCGUACGGGGGGCGUGGUGGUGCAGGGCAGCAGAGCAGAGUGGCCCGGUGGAGGGCGCACAGCGGUAAAGUUGGGCAAUGAGUGAGUGAAAGGCCCCGGGACUGUCUGGCAGGACAGCAGCUGCCAGGACUGGAGAAGGAAGGUUUGUUCCACGGAUAAAGUCACCAGGGACUUUUAAAGUAGUGAAGAUGGCGAAGUGGCUGAGAGAGUACUUCAAUUUGUGGAAUCACAAGACAAGGAAUCCCCCCCAGCCACCCAAACCGGACUACAGCAAGAAGAAACCGAACAGCGAGUCGGCCUGUCAGGAGAGCGAUUUAAUGAGAGCCUACCGGCUGCAAAAAGAAAAGGACUUUGAAGAUCCUUACAACAAUGGGCCGGGCUCAAGCCUCCGCCGGCUGAGAGCCAUGUGUCAGGAGCACCCAGAGGACGACAAAAGCGCCGAGAAACGGCUCAUGAUACACGCGAACCCGCUCUUGUACAGGAGCUGCAGCGAGAGGAAAGCGGGCUCCUCGCCCAGCUCCAAAUAUACCUCGCCAAAACACAGACUGAUCAGAGUAGAUAGCACCCCUGUUGGACAUAACAACAUCACCUGGAGCCUGAGCACUAACUCCGAGACUCUGCACAAAUCCGAUGAGAACAACUUCAAGGAGACAGUUGCCAUGAGGGAUGACUACUCUGACCCAUUUGAUGCCAAAGAUGAGUUGAAGAAUAAAGUUAUCAAAAAGCGAGAAGUGGAAAAUAAUGGUUACAUGGAACCUUAUGAGGCACAAAAGAUGAUGGCAGAGAUUCACAAGCAAGAGAGCCAGAAGAAAGCAGUUCAGCUAUAUGACACACCCUAUGAACUUGAAGGGAAUGAAGUAGCCUCAGAUACAGAGAGUAAUGCUAGCUACCUAAGUGAAAGCAAGUUACCGCAAGACGAUACAAGGCCUGCAGAGGAAUAUGACCAACCGUGGGAGUGGAAUAAGGUUACAGUCCCAACCCUUGCAGCUCAGUUCAAUGGAAUUGAGAAAAGACAAUCCUCUCCCUUAUGUGACAGACGCAGGCAACUGAGGCCCUCAGGGCUAAUCAAACAUGGCGGUCUGGAGUUCUGUGGGAUUAUAGGAGAGAGAGUAGACCCAAACACACCACUGGAGAAACAAGUAUGGUAUCAUGGGGCCAUUGGCAGAACAGAUGCAGAAAAUCUUCUACGAUUGCGUAAAGAGUGCAGCUAUCUCAUCCGAAAUAGUCAAAGCAACAAGAAUGAUUACUCACUUUCACUGAAGAGCAGCCAAGGUUUCAUGCACAUGAAACUGACUAGAACCAAAGAUAAAUACAUCUUGGGAGAGAACAGCCUUCCAUUUGACAGCAUUCCUGAGGUCAUACACCACUAUACGACCAGGAGGCUACCCAUUAAAGGAGCAGAACAUUUGUCACUUCUCUACCCUGUAACAGUGAGAACAUUAUAAUUUUUUCCCCCACUAGUUCAGUUUCCUUCCUAUGGAUGGGAGAUUGAUCAAUUUCUUCAAUAUGCAUGGAUUGGGCUGAUCAUCACCAAGUGACCCUGUUGUGUAUUUCAGUUAUAUUUGUAGACCGAUGAUUGCAGACUAAGAUUAUGUGUUUCCUGUGUGGACACUAUAACAUUUACCUUGUGGUACUGUUGCAUGAAUAUUAUUUUGUUCAAAUAAGCACUUAAUGCAAUUCAGAAUUGUUACUGACGUUUCAUAAAUCUACUAAGAUAUUUAAAUUCUUCCUUAUCUGAAGUUAGUAAAAUUUGAUACAGUAUAUGGUGCAUAUAAUUCUGCACAGUCAGAUCUCUCACCUUGGUGAUUAUUUAUGAGUAUCUGUAAAUACUGUGGCUUAAUAUAUAAAUAUAUUUUUUAUCACUUUUGGUACAGUGUAAUGAUACCUUUUGAGUACUCCACCGUGCUUUUUAGCUUUAGGCACACAAAAAAAUUUAACUAUGUUAGGUAUUGGUAUUUUCAUUAAUAUUUAUGGAUUACAAAAAAACCCAAAAUAUACUCAUGAUGAAGGGGGAUCAUUCAUUUAUUUAGCACCUUAUGCCCUCCGGACACGCCAAAGUGCUUCACACUCCAAUUAAUUCCUUUGAGUGCAGUCACCCUAUAUUGUAAGCAAACAAUAUUGUAAGCAAACAAAGCAGUCAAUUUGUGCACAAUAGAGUCACACCAAGCAGUAAAUGAGGUAAAUAGGAUCGUUUGUUGACAAUGUUUGAAGGAGAAUGUUGGUCAAAGCAUCUUUGAAUAAUGCUGUGUGAUCACCUUAAAUGACAGGACACCAGUUCAAUGUCUCAUCUCAAUGACAGCACCUCUAACAACACAGCAUCUUUUCAGAAUUGUCAAUCUCUAGAUUGUGUGUUGAGAUUGCUGGAACUGGACUUGAAUUCAAUACCUAUUGACUCAGAGGCGAAAGUGAUACUAAUUAGCUUUUGCUACUUGUUGAGAAAUUAAGUAAUAGAUUCUUGUACGCUUUAAGUAAACUCAUAAAUUUCCCAUUUGCAGCAAGCAGUUCAGGGCAAACCCUGAAGUUUUGUUAUGUUUCAGCUGUCUCAAAGGGAAAAACUAAUAAUUACAAAGGAGUAUAUAGCAUAUAUAGUACAGAAACAUGCCAUUCGGCCCAACUAGUCCAUGCUGGCACUCACGCCUCCUCACAUCUUGUGUAUCAAAGUAACCCUCUAUCCCCUUCUCCCUUAUACGCUGUCCAGCUUCUCCUUAAAUGCACCUAUGCUAUUCGCUUCAAUCACUCCUUGUGGUAGGGAGUUCCACCACCUCAACACUCUAUGUAAAGAAGUUUCUUCUGAAUUUUCAAUUGGAUUUCUUGGUGUCUGUCUCAUAUUGAUGGCUUCUGGUUAUGCUGUUUGCCACAAGUGGAAACAUUAUCUCUGUAUCCAUUCUAUCAAAAUCUUUCAGUAAGGUACUAUUACAAAAAGAAUAAAGAUGAAACUGCAUUGAUAUUCAUAUGACCCACUGUAUAAGCAUUCUACUUUGCUUUUCCAGUUUUGUUUAUAAUUACCUCCUAUCAUUUUCCAUGCGAACUACAAAACUAGAUUACUUUGAAUGCAUGCAUCCUUGUCAUUGUCCUAAUUUAACCAAAAGCUGCUUACUCUAUAAUAUUGUAAAGAAUUUCUACAGGUUCUAAAGUCCCAAAGCUCAUUAUCUGAAGUGAACAUCCCACAAUGGAAUUGAGAUAGGUUUUUAGGGGAGAAAAAUGGUGCUUGUUCAUGAAUUGCUUGUUCCUGCUGUCUCCCUCUAUUGCAUUGAUGGGGAUAUUAUAGUGGCUAAUAAGAGUCCUUUCAGCAUAUUUAAAAUCGCAUUUUGUAUGGUUUGGACAUCUGACUCUGUUUUCUAUGAAAGCUUGUUACUCUUAAAACUUGUACAAUGUAUUAAAAAUCAUAUGACUUAAUGCAGUUUGUCAGCUUUUCCCAUUAUAAACUCCUAUCAUCACUUUUAUAUUGGAAACUGCAAGUUUAAAUUAGGCAUGUUGUUGGGUUCAAGUCUUGUAGCUUUGUUGUUGGUGGAAAGAUGUAAUUGUAGCAUGGAAGGUAAAAAGAUUUGCAUUGAUUUCACGCCUUUCAUGAGCUAAAGAGAUGCUUACAUUCAACAAAGUGCAUUUGAAGUGUAGUAGUUUUAAUGCAGGUAACACGGCAACUAAUCUGUGCACAGCAAAGUCCUACGAAUAAAGUUUCACUGUUAGAAAAUA